AUGAAGAAAGUAUUUGGAACACAUGCAUUAUUGAUUUUAUGGACUAUAUUUGUUAUAUCAAUACUUUCAACGGAUGGUGAAGAUGAAGCUUCAGAUUCCGUACGAGAUCAAAUGGCCAUAUUUAAGAAUGAAACAGCUGGCAGAUAUAUUCUUCUAACUACCAGUAACGGCGCACCGGUUGAACAAAGGGAUACUACAACACUAAAUAAGAGAUUAAUGGGCAAUGAGUUCUUUAUGGAUUCCAUAACGAGGUUUGCUCGAGAGCGGAUACAGGAGCGAGUUGCUCACGCUAAAGGAGCAGGGGCCUUUGGAUAUUUUGAAGUCACACAUAAUGUAACUCAAUAUAUCAAAUCGGAAUUUUUGGACACAGUGGGUAAGCGGACUCCCGUUGCUGUAAGAUUAUCUGGCACUGUCUUAUCAAGAGGAGGCAGUGACAGUUUUAGACAGGGCCGUGGAUUUGCCGUGAAAUUCUACACGAAGGAGGGAAAUUUUGAUAUCGUUGGGGGAAGUUUGCCUGUGUUUCCUUACCGUGAUCCUAUUAUAUUUCCUGGUUUCGCCAGGUGCAGAAGAAACAAUCCAGUUACAAAUACUCGUGACCCUAAUAUGGAAUGGGAUUGUCUUACUCGAUACUACCAGGGCUUAGGUAUUCAUUUAUGGUUAUCAGGAUACGCCGGUAUUUAUAGGGGGUAUCGUUACAUGCCUGGAUAUGGGAUUCACACGUAUCAAGUUCAAAAUAAAGAAGGUAAAAUUUAUUUUGUACGGUUCUAUUUGACGCCAGAAGCUGGAGUGAAGUAUUUAAGUUCAGAAGAAGCGAGUCAGUUGGACUCUAUUGAUCCCGACUCAUUCACUAGAGAUUUGUAUGAAGCUAUUGCAUGUGGUAAAUUAGUAAGUUAUAAAUUUGAGAUACAGGUCAUACCAUUUAAAGAAGCUAUGAACUCAACAUUAGAUAUUUUCGAUACUUCACGACGAAUUCCAUUUAAUAUUUAUCCAAAAAUACCAGUGGGCCGUAUAGUACUAAACAAAAACCCGGAAAAUUAUUUCGCUGAAAUUGAACAAUUGGCGUUCAGUCCUGCUAAUUUAGUGCCUGGAAUAGAUGGUGGUGUGGACAAAUUGUUUGAAGCAAGGAGGUUAGCAUACAGAGAAGCUCAAUAUAAUCGAUUAGGUACCAACUUUCAAAAUAUAAAAGUGAAUUGUCCUUACAGAAGUAUAGUGAACACUUAUAAUAAGGAUGGUGAAGCACCCAUUGGUGACAAUGGGCAAGGUAUGCCUAAUUAUUUACAUAAUUCCUUCAAUGGACCGAAGGCAUAUGUUGACGCGAAUAAAUCAGAAUUAAUAGAAAUUGUUGAACGUAACUAUGACAAUUUUGACCAAACGGCAGAAAUAUAUGAAGAAAUGUCUGCAGAGGAAAAAGAACUUGUAAUAAGUAAUAUAGUCAAUAGUUUAGGAAAUGCUGUACAAUUUUUACAAGAACGAGCUGUAGCAAUAUUUACCCGGAUUCACUCAGAACUUGGAGAUAGAAUUUCAGAAGGUUUAAAAGAAUUUAAAAAGUCACCGACCUGCAAUAUCAAGUUCGAUUAG